AUGGAAUCAUUUACGAACUUGGGCGACCGGUAUUGCCUAGUUUGUGGCGAUAACGGGGCAGAGAACCAUUAUGGAAGUGUUUGUUGCAAGUGAGUCCACCUUGCUUUAAUUCUAGACAAGUUUGAGCCCUAGUUUGGGCUAAAUUUUUUACUUAUUGAAUAUGCCAUAAUAACUCGUUUUUUAUCACUAUUUUUUUUUUAGCGGGUGCAAAGGAUUUUUUCGCCGGUCGAUUCGCGCGAAACGGGUCUAUGUAUGCGCCCACAAUUUGGGCUGUAAUAUUGUUAAGGGUAAGAUACAUCGAAUACAUCGACUUCUAACCACAAUAUUUUUUUGAUCGUUCAAUUUUGCAAAAAGUUAUUUUUCUUCAGAAUACCGUAACUGCUGCCGAGCUUGCCGUCUUCAGAAGUGCUUGAAGGUUGGGUUAAACCCUGGAUGUAGGUUUUUGAGGUUUUAGACCUUGAUUUUUUUAUAAAAAAAAUCUCUUUUUGCCGAAAACUUAUAGUAAUAAAUCCAGCCAUGGAUAAUAUAAUAAAAAUGUUCUCAAAUAAUCAAAGCGCCCAAAUUUUUGUUUUUGAAUAUUUUUUGGGAUUUAUAAUUUUGUUUGGCAGUCAAAUGGCACUUUUUCAGACCUUGGUGCACAAUGCCGAAAUUUGGCGCGAAAUUGAAUUUUUGAAUUUUUCUUUUAAAAUAUUGCCUAGACCAGAAGGCACCGGUUUGGGGCUCUGUAUUUUACAAUCAAAAUUUAUUUUUUCAUUUGUUUCGUGUUUUUUAAUCCUGAAAUCUUCAAUUUUUGCAAUUUAUGGCUUUUUAAUUAAGAAAAAAAUUUUGUCUAAAAACUUGUUUUUAGUGGUCCAGAGCGACCGACACGAAUCUUCCAGCCCUACAGACUGGUCGCCAGACAUGUAUGAAGUGCGAGGGAAUAACAUCGGCCCAGUCCGAGUAAAAUACUCUCCAGUUUCGCCUUCGGUAGCACCGUAUGACCCAAGGAUGGACGUAAAAUUUUCAUUUGGCAGUUUUCCAAGGCUACCUACACCUUCGGCGAUUACUCGGAACAACAAUAUGACAAUGAUCCAGGUAGGAUUUUUAUUUUAUGAAAUUUUUUGGGGAAAUUUUGCAUAUGCAAAUUUUAGGAUGAUAAUUUUUGAAACUUUGGGAUGAAAAAUAAAGUGUUGAAAUGACAUUACUUUCUCAGUAAAAAUUUUGCAUAAUUCUUCCUCCAAUUUGUUUAUUAAAAUUUUGAUGUCUAAUGCAACAUAAAAUCUAAAGUAAUAACGCUAAAGCGUCUUUUUACAGUUGACUCAUUCCAUCUCCUACUAAUGGCUUGUUCAAUUAUUUACAAAAUAUGUUCGAAGGAGAAAAAAUAUUAUUUUUUUGUCAAAAAAAUCUGAAUCAUGUGAUUGAAUAAGAGAAAAAAAGGCGGACUUUGGUCCGGGGAUCUCCGUAAGACCGGGAAAUCAACAAAUACAUGACUUUUUAGUCUCUCGAUAGCUAUAAGAAGAUACUGAAAGCGCUAAGCAGUCAUCAGAAUUUCCAAAAAUAAAAAUUUUUCAAUUAUAUUGCACUAGACCAGCUAAUGGACCAAUUUUUAUAAAAAAAGAUGAUGUGCGAUAAGCAUAUUUCUGGCCGAAAUUAUUUAUAAAAUCCUAGACACUUCAAGGCCAAAGAUUCUCUGAUUUUUUACCGUUUCCUACGUCAAUCUGCACAUGGCAAUUUUUUUAAACGCAAAAAAUUAGUCAUGGCAUAUGGACGUCAACCGCAGUUAUUUCUGUUUCUCCUAGACUUGCCGAAAGACAAAAAAGAACAGCAUUCUAAAGAGCAAUUGAGUAAAUGAAAGCUGUAAAAAUAGGAAUGGUAAAAACGAAAGAAACGAAAAAAGAACUCGAGAUGCAAAGGUUAUUAUAAUUCUGAAAUUCGCAUCAAAUUAAUUGCAAGAUAAAAAUUGGUCAAGCCACAUACGAGGUUGAAGAUCAAGUUAUAUGAAAAUGACAAGUAGAUUAUGAUAAAUUAGGACAAAAAUAAGUAAAAGAUAAAAUUUCCAGUGCUGACAUUGUGGGAAAAGACCAGGGAUUUCCGUACGUAAAGACCAGGAAAAGUUUGAAAAAAAUCUGGGUUGAACACCCCCGGCGAUUUUCUAAUAAUCUCCUGUACUCAAAUUUGACUUUAUUUACUGCCCUUUUCUAACAAUCCUUUUCUAGGACCCUCACAUAAGUUGCCUAUCCGAGUGCGACCUUCCCUCCACUUCCAGCCUCUCCUCUCCUUCCAGUCUGGAUGCUUCGACUGCCCCUCCCAGCCAAAAAACCGAGGUUUCUUCAGUUCCGGCUUCCCAAACCAACUCGCCAACGUCGAUAAUUCCGUCGGAAGGUCUGAUCUCUCCAACUUGGCCAACUGAUCGUUGCUUAGUCCAGGCAGAGACAAGUGUCACAACAGCCACACCAAUCAUAAUGCAACAUCAAAUGCUGGUGAGUUUUGAAAAGUAAACAUAAAGAUAGGCAGUAGAGGUUGUCUGACACAGAGUAUGAUGACAUUUCCAGUGAUUUCUUUUGAUGUAUUCAUUGUUAUGUCUUUCAAUUUUUAUAAAACCAAAUUUUAGGCCCAAUCCGACUAUCUUCCGCUUGGCUACCGUAGUUCGAUCCCAAUUUUCAACCCAAAUGACAUCUUCUCCAUCAACAAUUAUUGGAAAUCCGUUGACAAUUUCCUCGACGCCUAUAAAGACACUACAGUCUCCCAUAUUGGCUCUACUGACACUGAGUACUACAACAAUCCCAACUUAUCGACCGAAGAGAGUUUCCUGCACCCUCGCGCAAUGGCCGCUCGUUCGGCGAUAGAUUGGGAGCCGCGCACGCCCGGAUUGGAUCCAUUCAUGCGGAUCUGGCUUCGAACGAGUUUAUAUGUCAUCGAUUGGAUUACACAUAUCCCGGAGUUCCUUCAACUGGAUGUAACCGAUAGAAUUACAAUUCUCUCUGAUCGUGCGAUCACCGGAGCUUGGGGAACUGUGGUCCAAAAUGCCUUACAGUAUUAUAUAAGGAAUCCGAAUUGCACGAUCAAGAUGAUCCCACUGACAGGUGGACUGUAUUUUCCAGUGGAUCAUCCGGAAUUAUGCGGGAUCAGCAGAGAGUGAGCUUAUCUUAUAUUACUGCGUGAUGUCUUAUUGUUAGUGGUGGUGGUGUCUUGGUCUUUGUUUGUGGGUCUGUGAGGCUAUUGUAGAAAACAUAGUCGAGUCUUGUCGGUCAGUAAUCGGAUAGUGGCUUAAUUAUUGCUAACAUGUUCGUAUAUCUUGUGACCCGUCCGAAUGGCAAGCAGAGAAAGCAUGUAAAAAAGCAGGGAUUAGCUUUAGUCAUCAGUUUUUUUUUGAAGUCUCAAAUCUUACUGUAAACAAAGACAUUGAAAAAUUUGACAAAAUUUAUUUUUUAUUGCCAGUCCUUCCACUUUCUGAGCUGGGUGCCUGUUCUCUCUUGUUGUCUGACAAACUGCUUAACGCUGAAUGUAAAUUUCGUUUGUUUAGGUAUGUUUUUAGAAAGUAUGGUUAUGUGGUCCAACUCUAUAACAUGGUCUGGCAGAGCAUCAUCAAGCCUUGCAUGGAGCUGGGCGUCAGCGAAGAGGAGAUUCGGAUCCUCAGAAUCUUGUGCGUCAUGAGUCCGGGUAAGCGCUUUAUUAGCGGUACUGUAAGUACUAGUUUUAGUCGUUGGCCUAAGCGAACAAGGCGCUGAAGUCAUAAAAAAUACCAGGAGAUUCUACACGAGUGUUCUGCAAGCUUUGGUCAAGCAAAAAGUAGGGAAUAAUAUGGAGAAGACGAUGGAACGAGUCAGCGAAUUGUUGCUUCUUCUUCCAGCUUUUGAUGUAAGUUUUACAGAAAGUAUAUCUGUCGGGAAAAUAAUGAGAAAAUUUCGCUUUGGCGAAGUGAAAAAUAUUGUGGUUUGAGAGGAAAAGAUUAAUUUUGUUUACGAAGUACAGUGAGAAAAUUUAUUUUUUUUGUCUGAAAAUCCCAAAAAUCUUGUUAUCCACUACGGAUUGUUACAAAUCUUUAUUAAUUCUUGUUUCAGCGAAUAGCCCAAGUGGAAGACGAAAAUCUCUCUGUGAUGCUGACUUUCGGUCACAGUGAUUUCAACGGUAAUGUCCUUGAGGAUUUCCAUAUGCGAAGGAAAAGAUUCCCUGGUACAGUUGAAGUCGGGACAAGCUCUUCUGCACAAAUUCCAGAAAUCAAACAACCGCCAUCCAGUGUGUAAUUAGUGUAAUUAGUAUAACUAUUUUUUCAUGUUCCCUUUUGAUUUUUUUUUUGCUUGGAGUUUUGAUAUGUCAGCCGUAGGUUGCAAUAUCUAAAUUCCAAUCGAUUUAUCUUCCUAUUUGCCAAUUUACUUUUAAAUAUGUACUAGUUGUAUAUAGAUCUACAAUAAUCUUUUUAUUCAAGCAUUUACUUAAAACCGGAACAAAAUUAGCGUGUUUUUUGUACCCUAGUAUCAUAGGCUUGUCAUUGCUUACGGAUCAAAUGUUUACGCACUUUUUAAUCAAGGUUAGCUGUACUUAUAGUAGAUAUGUUCAUCCAGUGAUUAUCCAAGACCAUGUGGGAAAGUUCAGGCUCGGAUUUAAAGUGUGAAGGUCCCCCUUUUAUGAGAGAUUUAUUCCGGGAAGUUCAGAGGGGGAAGUAACGAAGUUUGAAUCGGUUUGUUCCUCCGUACAACAAAAAUUUGGACCAAAAAACAGUUUGCGGAUAGGCUUUUCUCUUGAAUAUGUGGACUUCCUUGCCCUAGGCUUUGUCAUGAGUUAGUUUUGAGUUGAAAAGUUAUAGAUAAACGAUUAGAAAUAGCGCUACAUUCUUUAAACUUUUGAAGGUUAUGAUUUAUAGGCUAUUCUUUGCAUAGAAAAAUGUUGUUAUUUUGUUCCACAGGAAAUCUACAGCAUUUUUUACAUAGUACCUAUGUUUUUAACAUUCUAUUCAUUUAUAGUAUAUAUCAUCCAUUUUCUGUCCAAUGUAUCAUCGUCCAUUACUAAAGUAUCCUAGAUAUCUCACAUCCCUUGAAUAUCCAUGAAAUAAUAGUAUUUGUCUAGUCAUCAUCGUAUCUUAUUCCAUUCAUCCUGGUGCAUUUCUUAGAAGAUAUCAGACAUACAAUAUCAUCAAAUUGUCAUACAUGAUUCAUGUGUAAUAUAAUAGAAUUUUAUCGAACAAUGAAAACUUAGUUAAUAAAUAGUUAAUAAAGUAUUGAAAAUUUUGCGAGAUUUUGCUGUGAUCAAGUAAUUAAUUUGAAGACUAACCAAUUUUAUAAUAGAUGGAAAAAUCAUCGUUGCUUUUGCUUGUACUUACUACAACAUCAUUGGUAAAUUCCGAGUCCUGCAGAAAGCGGUAUUUCGACCAAGACUCGUUUGUUUGCGAAUGUGACAGCCAGUUUUGUGAUACAAUUGAACGAUUAGGAGACAUUGCCAAAGAAGAAGCCGCAAUUUAUACAACUUCAGCUGAAGGCGAUCGUCUAAAGAGGACUUUACUGAAUUUGGAAAGCAUUUCAUGUAAGUUUGAGGGUACCUUCCGUUUUGAGAACAUUCAAAAUCAGAAGUCGUAGAAGAACAAUCACCGAAUUUUAAGAGGCCCAUUGAACUCCUCGGCGUGGCUUGUCGUAUUUUAAAAAAAGCUUUUUUAGCAACCACUGACAACUCCAGCGUUACCAUUGAGCUGAAUUCAAACGCUGAAUACCUUCAGAAGAUUAUGGGGUUUGGUGGCGCCAUUACUGACGCCGCAACUGCCGUCUACAGAGAUGCCAGCUAUAUGGGAUUAAAUUUGCUUAAGCAGUAUUUUGGCCCUGAUGGUGAGAAUUUAUUGGCUAUAUAUUUAGUGUUUGAUAGGACUCGAUUACAAUCUUUGCCGAGUCCCAAUUGGAAGCUGCGACUUCUCCGAGUCCGAAUGGUCGUAUUCAGAAGUUCCUGAGGACUUUGAGUUGAAGUAUUUCAAUACUUCCAAGGACUUCAAGGUAAAAAUUGACAAAGGAUUGUAGAGCUACUCGAAUAUUUUAGCCAGAUAUGAUUCGUGAGAUUUUGAAUCUCAAGCCAGACCUUAGGCUCUACGCUUCGCCUUGGUCUGCUCCUGGAUGGAUGAAAAAUUCGAGCAGAAUGAAGGGAGGCGGUGUUUUGAAUGGGAAAUUCAACUCGGUUUAUUACUUGGUCUACGCUAAGUAUAUUGCCAGGUAGGCUGGAGGAAAAGAGCCUCUGUAGAACGAAGAGUCGUGCAGCAAAGCCUUUAUAACCUUCAAAUGCUUCAAGAGGCAAUUUGAAGCCAAAAUAAACCCCGCAUACCAAGGUUUUGACCUUUAUAUAACCAAUACAAGCAUAAACUCAAAAAUUGACCCAUUUUUCAUUUGAUUUUUGUUUGAGAGGUGUAUCUAAUCAUGGCAAACGUCUAAAAAGUCCCCUUUUCAAAAUCGAAAAAAACACCUUUCAGGUUCUUUGAGUACUACGCCACGAAAGGCAUCAAUUUCUGGGCGGUGACUGUCCAAAAUGAGCCUGGAUUUGCUGUGGAUCCCGACUAUCCCUUUCAGAAUAUGUAUUUGAGCUCGGCGAUGCAACGGUAAGGUUGUAAAAUACAUGAUCACAUGCAUUUCCAUGGACCGGAAUUCCAGUGAUUUUAUUGACAAAAGACUGGCGCCAAUGCUUAAACGAAGCAAUGUCACUGCUGAUUUGUUGAUCAUUGCUCAUGAUGACCAAAGAAACAUCAUCUUUGACGCUGCGAAUGAGGUAAAAUACGGAUUGUACAAUUGUUAAAGGUGACCUUUUUUCCAGAUUUUUGAUAAAAAUGCGUCUGUUCAGUACGAAGCCGAUGGUCUUGGGGUCCACUGGUAUUCCGGAGGAAGCUAUAAACCUUUGGAAUUGGUGCAUAAAUUGAGACCCGACAAAUUUGUUUUGUCAACGGAGGUGAGGGGAAAAAGAGGUCAAAUCACAAGGACAGUGCUUGAAGGGUGCUACGCUCAUAAAUUUGGCGCUAGCGCUGUAUCUAGGCAGGAUAUUAAGAGCUAAAGGGCUGUAGAAAAUUUCUUCUAAUAAAAUUCACGGUUCUAUGUAUAUAUUUGUCCUUAGUUAUAUCAAAAUUGGGCCAUCUCAUGAUCCAAUAUGUAUAAUAUUUUUGUCUGUAAGGUAAGCAAAAAGUUGUUCACAUUUUUUCAAAAAUGUGAACAAUUAUUAUAAAUUUUUAUUACAGGCCAGCAACGGCGCCGAAGUCGACGGUCAUGUUCCGCUUCUAGGCAGUUGGAAACGCGCUGCCAACUACGCGUCCGACAUUAUUCAGAACCUGAAUCAUUGGGUGACCGGUUGGACGGAUUGGAAUCUUUUCCUUCACGAACAAGGCGGCCCAAAUUGGGUCGGGCAAUUCCUGGAUGCUCCGAUUAUUGUGGACAGAGAUUUACGCGUUUUUUACAAACAACCAAUGUUCUAUGCCUUGGGGCAUUUUAGCAAAUUCGUCCCGAUUGAAUCGCAUCGCAUUCAAAUUGAAGUUAAUUCCGAUGAUAAGGAUUUGGAGACUGUUGGAUUCAUCACACCGGAGCUGAAAUUGGUCUUGGUUGCGCACAACUUAUCGCCAGAAAAGAGUUUUGAUUUGAUCGUGAAGAAGAAGGGCUCGGCCAAUGGAGUGAGAGAAACUUUGGGCCCGAAAAGUAUCAAGACGAUUGUUUUGAAUAAUUAG